AUGGCGGGGACUGAGCCCAUUAUCACACAGGGCAUUGAGCCAUCGUCGGGCGAAUCGCAUUCGCCGCCUGGCGAACGCCAUGUCUCAGCAACAUGGGGAUCAAAAGACGGCAAUAUUUCCAACGCGGAGUGGAAUGACCCAGAGGCGAAUAAACUGCCUGAAAAAGUAGCGGAGUUGGAGAAGAAGGGCGAGAUCAACCAGGAUGGCCAACGGAAAAAGAUUGUUGUUGUUGGGCUGGGAAUGGUUGGUAUUGCGUUCAUGUGCGUCCUCAGAUGUUGA